UCACGCUUACAUAAUCAUACAUUCACUCACUAUAUAAAGAUGAGACUGUUCCGAUUGCAGGUUAAUUACGUCGGUAAUCCCAUCAGCUGUUCAUCAUGGCUUCGCUUCAAUUGAUUGUGGCCGUUGUUGCCGUUCUGUCCUACACCGUCACCGUCAACGCCGACAUAACCGAACUUAAGCAAACCUGUGCCAAGUUGUUACGUGUGCCCGCCGAAGAUUUGGAGCGGUAUCUACGCUCAGAGUAUGAAGAGAAGCAUGAGGACCAUUGCUUCAUACGAUGUGUUUCCAUCCUGAACGGAAUGUAUGACGAUGACAAGGGAGUACAGUUUGGGAAACUGCACGGUGCGUUUGGGGAAGGACUGACAGAAGAGGAAUAUACCGAACAGGCGAAGACCUGUGUUCUUUCGGAGGAAGAAGCAGCGAAAGAAGAUUGUCACUGUAGGAAGGCAUCAAGGGAAAUGUCGUGUAUUCUCAAGCAAUACCUUGAUCGAAAGAAGACACAGCAGGAAUAACUUUGAUUUGUAAUAAAUAUAUUAUUCAAAUCACUUAA